AUGCCGAUAUCCACUCUACCUGUCGGAGGAUCAUCCAGACCUUCAAUCUCCACAUCCUCCUCCAGACAGUUGGGUGGACUAUCAGAUAUGGCGAAUAGGAUGGCCAGGAUGGAAGCGUUCCGAAAGCUCAAGCCAACAUGUGUAGCAUUGAUGGCUAUAGCUGCUCAAGCACCAAGCUCUUACUCUCAGCAUGCUCGACUGAUAGAUAAGCUGCUAUCUGAUCUUCACACUAUCCCUCAAACAUCUCUUGAUCCAGCGGUAAUCAACUAUAUCCUUUUCCCUCUCACUUCCAUCCUACGCCAAUCCAAUCCAGCGAAUCUACCUGAUCAAUUCUUAGAAUCUGCUUUUAGGCUUUUAGGAUAUACCACUUCAGCUUGGAAGAAAUGUGCAGGAGGGAUGGAAGUCGUAGCUUGGGAGCAAUUAUGGAGAUUCUGUAUAGCUGCCGUUGGACCUAGAAGUAAGGACAACAAGGGUAAAGGCAAAGAGAAAGAAGGGAAUCAAGAACUCCAGUAUCAAGCUGUCCAGCUACUCACCGCAUUACUGAAUCCUAUCAGCUUAGACAAUCAUGGUCUUCCUCAUCCUACCCCCUCGAUGCUCGAUAAGGUGUCCAGCUCGAAAUCCCCGUUACUUCCUACGCUCUUCCAAACCAUCACGUUCGGACUUGAAACUAGUUCCCCUUCACCCCCAUAUCAUCGACUUCAGUUGUCCUCCCUCAAGCUCCUCCGGCCGCUCAUCAAGGUAUACCUGAAAGGGAAACAUGAGGUUCUCGCCGCCGUUCUACCAGGGGUGAUCAGCUCGAUGGCCAAAUUAGUUCAAAGUGUAGGGGCCAGUCUGAAAGGGGAAGUCGCACAGGAGGUCCUAGGUUUAAUAGAAGAUGUGGUUAUAUCGACUUUGAACGACGAAGAUCUGAGAGAUUUAGGGCUGUUGAGACCGAUAGUCGAUGAUCUCAGUCAAUUAGCUGAAGAUUGGAAUACGUCGGAUGAACCUUUUCCACCAGAUCAACCUACUCCACCAUCACCAGCUUCUUCAACUUCAUCUAAACUGACAAAUCCAUUCCCACCUCUCACCGCUUCUUAUCUCUCCUUUACAUCCGCUCAACUCCAGAAUGCCCUUCCUCCAAUUAUAUCGACUUUGUCCGGUCAUACUUCCGAUCUACCUCGUCAUGCAGUCAUAACCCUGACCUCCUCAAUCAUUCAAUCAUGUCAUGAAUCCCUUUCCUCUCUUCAACCUCGAUGUCUGGCUUCGCUCUUGUCACUAUCACAAGAUACAUUCGAUCCGGUGCGGUAUGAUGCCAGGCGAAAGUUACGACUGCUGCUAGAGAAUCAACGGUUAUCUUUACAGCCCUUGUUGCUAGAUAUCCUGAGUAACGGUGUGAACUCGCUGUCUAGAUUGGUCACUUCGGAACAGGACAAGAAGGUCGAUGAGGUAGCGAGAUUGAUCACGGCAAUUGCUCAAACGUCUUUAGAGGUCAAACAAGGUAACAACGCUAUAGGGGACUUGCUAGGCCCAAAAGGCGGAGUAGAAAAGUGGAGUUGGGCUCUAUUGAAUUGCUUAGAAUUCGGUCGACCUAACGGAUGGUCAGCUUCUGAUAAUUCUGCUGAAAGAAUAGCUCAGCUAGGAUGGCAACAUAACACAACAUCUACUGCUGUACCUCUUCUUCUGGCUGGUGAUGGAUCUACGCAAUCUGGAAAUUCUUUUCCUCAUGUCCCCUUACGGUAUGUUGAGUCUGAGUCUACCUCAAAGUCUUUAGCGGAAAUGCUACGAUCUUUAGGAGCCGCAGGUGGCGAAACAGCCUUACAUACUGUGGAGUAUUUCAUCCUGUUUGCGAAAGCGAAUAGUAGGAGGCAAGUGGCCAAGUCUGUUUCGGCGAUUUGGGUUUGUGAAAGACUGUUAGAAGGUAUAAAAUCUGCUCAGCUGGAAAGCGCAGAAGGCAAGAUUAGUAAGGCUGUUAGAAAGAUGAGUAGGGAAAUUGUCAAAACAUUAGUAACUAUCUCCGAAGAGGAAGAAGACUUGGACGGACAGGAAGAUGAAUAUUUGAAUUACACAGAAGAUCCGAACGCCGAAGCAUUAGUCCCCAUAGAACGGACUCAGGGGAUAGAUACUCUUACUACUUUACUCGAUCGAAAACCCGUACCAAAUACCAGAGCAUCCAUCGAGACUCGUCGAUUGCACGCCCAAGCUCAACACGCUCUUCUCGCUUGUCUAUCACUUCAAACCCUCACUCUGACAUCUCAGAUCCUCUCAUCGUCCUUCCGGCCAUUACUACUCACCGCGUUAUACGUCCUCCUUUCUCAUCUCGCUUCUCCUCAACCUAUCAUUCGGGAAUAUGCCACCACCGCUCUUCAUCAGAUAUCAUAUAAUAUUGGAUACGCCAGUCCGCAAAACAUGGUUCUAGACAACGUAGACUACGUAAUUAACAUUGUAACAUUGCAUCUUCUACCCGCAAGACUAUCUCCCACUGCGCCAUCAGUAUUGAUAGCCAUGAUCAAACUUGUUGGAUCGGACAUCGUACCGAUGGUUCAUGAUUUGGUGGAUGAAAUAUUUGAUGCUUUAGAUGAUUACCAUGGAUACGAAGCUCUUGCAAGUAGCUUGUUGGCUGUUCUCGGAACGUUGAUUGAGGUCAUGAAUGAUGAGAUUGCCUCUGAAGGUUUAAGUGAGGAAAGGCGUAAUAAGCUGAAUGAAAUGAGAAGAGUGGAGAGGCCACCUGGUCCCAAAGAGGAUUUCGAAAUUUUCUUUGGGUGGUGGGAAGAAAGGAAUAAAAGGAGGGAAGAGGAGAUAGGGGAGAUUCUCGAGAGAGCUCCUCAGCAUGCUUGGGGUACAGGUGAUAUCCCCUCAACCGAACAGCAAAAUGGAGAAGAGGAAGAAAAUGGUCAACCUGAAAAUCCUGUUGAUGAUGAAGAGAACCCCCCUACUCGAACUCAAAGUGUGUGUAUCAGAAUUCUGGAGAAAUCUAUUUUCUUCUUAACUCAUAAUUCACCUUUCCUACGAUACAAAAUCCUCUCAAUCAUCUCCAAUGCUACUAUGGUGUUAUCAAGAGGAAAUAGAGAGAAAGAACUAUUACCGCUUAUCGACAAAUCUUGGAAUUCCAUAUUGAAUCGUUUAGAUGAGAAGGAUCAUCCGUAUAUCGUCAUGGAAGCUUGUGAGGUGAUUGAGAAAUUAUGUGAAGAAUUGGGCGACUUCAUGUCGAAGAGAGUAAUAGAUCAUGUAUGGCCUCGGAUUAAGAUCUUAUUGAAAAAUCAGUGGGAAAACGAUAAGAAAUCUGCUUUGGCCAAACGCACCACUUCAGGACGGGGAUAUACUAGUGGAAAAGGAAUGGAUAAGUAUAGUACCUCUCAUAGAUUACAUCGAUCCGUCCUAAAGAUCUUGUUGUUCAUCAUAAGAGAAGUACCAGUGGAUGAUCUGGUAAUUUGGGAAAUUACCGUAAUCUCUCGACCAUUCUUAGAUCGACGAAUCAAUGAGGAAUUACAAGGACUAGCAAUUGGAGUUUAUCAGGAAAUGAUGAAGCGCAAUGGAGACGGGACGUGGUUGGUGCUUAAUGCUACUGCGGGAGAAGUACAGGGCGAUUUGGGUAGUUGGAAAUAUCUAAGGGAAGAAGGUCUGGAGAUGACCGAGAACAUUAAGAAAAUUUUGGUCAAUGGCUGA